ACUACGGAGCACCAAGACACCUAUAUCUAUGGUACCCUUGUCCAGCAACCGUUCUAUUCCAUCUUCAUAAUUUACUAAGGAACAAACAAUGGCUUGCCUUAUGAUUGUUGUAGCUUUCGUAGCUGUUCAAUUAGCGUCAGCUUUUGUCCUACCAGAAGGUCAAGUUAUGGUCGUAAGAAUGAAACGGAAUCCUUCGCCAAUGCGUACAUUUUCAUUCAGUGGAUUUAAUCCUAAUGGUGAAAUGGCAGCAUUUACUGGAGCAGCCGAAUAUCCAAUGUUUUCUAACUAUGGUCCACCAUCUCCUUAUUAUCCUCCAAAGGAAUACGGAUCACCUACGGCACAAGACUCUUAUGGACCACCACCUUCUGGCGUUGGUAAUGAGCACAAAAACAAUCCACAAAUCCCCGAGUAUGAUUUAAAGCCAAGUUCUACUGAUACUAAAGGAUCUAAUAAUGACGAACACGAAGACCAAAAACAACCUAAAGUUCGAGGUGAAGGUUCCAGUAGUAACGCAGAAGCUUCAUUUAAUGCUUGGUUCCCAAUAAUGUUCGGCGUAUUUCCAAACGGUAAUGGUCAGUCAACAAAUAGCAGAGACAGUCAUGAACAGAGCAAUGGCGGUUUUGAAAGAUUAGGAGGCACCACAGUUAUUGCAAAUAGCGUUAGUAAUGGAAGAAAUGGAGUAGCAACAAGUCACGCUAUUUCUUAUGGUAAUCCAAGAUCACACAAGAAAUGAUCUCUUUAUUUGAUAUCACCCGGUAAUUCGUUAAAUAUAGAGAAUUAUAUAAGACAUUAAGAUUUUAAUACCAAAAAUCAACUGAGCAGCUAUUACAUUGGUUAUUUUAUUUUUAUUUUUAAAUUAAAUUGAAAAACAUUUAUAAAUACAUUAUAAACUAAACACACUUAAAAUAGAUGAUUAAGUGUAUGUUUGUGAAAUUUAAUUUUUAAAUUUAGUAUUUAGUAGUAUAAACAUUUUAAUGACAUUAUUAUUUUGUGAUUUAGAAUACAUGCAUUUUUUAAAAUAUAUUCUACUUUUUCAUACCAUA